AUGAGAUCAAAGAGAAGAUCGGUGGAUAAAUCUCACAAGAAGGCUAAGAAAAAGAAAGAAGAGAAGAAAAUUGAGAAAACAAAAGAAAAGCCAAAAGAUCAAAAAGUCAAAUUAUCACAAGGGCAGAAAGAUAGAUUGCGGAAGAAGAGAAAUAAAGUUAGAGAGUAUUUGAAGAAGAUUUUGUCCUCGGAUACAAUAGAUGAGUCAGAUAACAGUUCUGAAGAUUCGUUUUACUCAACUAAGAGUGAUCCGUCAAGUAAAAGGCAAUCAUCAGUUCUGACUCCAGGAUCCGGUGAGUUUGACGGAGCUUCGGUCCCGAAACGACGUGUUCGGUGCGUUUAUUACGACUAA